GCAAAGCGUUCAAUUUCGAAUUUUGAAUUAUUAUGUCCGUUUUAUAACUUGACAAACGAUAAAGAAAGUUCGUGUUUUGCUUGAUGCAAAUGUUUAUAAAAAUAUUGAUAACUUAAAUAAAGAUGUCCCGGAUUCCAAAAUAUCCAGUUUCUGCUGCUAAAGAAAACAGACCAGGAAUAUCUAACAGCCGUAUAAUAUCAAGAACAAUCGGAAACGGCUUCAGUGAUGUUGAAAAGAAAAAUCUACUCAUGAAUCACACCAAGCCAAUGAAUGGCACUACAACUAACAAGGUGGCAGCUCCUCGCAUCAAGAGGUCAGCUACAGCACCUUCUUCUGCUACUGUCCCCACUAAAACAGCUAAAGUUGAAAAGAAAACUACUACUGUUGCAGCGAGAAUUCCUUCUUACGAUUACAAAGCUAGGUUUAAUGAUUUAAUAGAGAAACACAAAGUCAUUAAGAGUGAGUUGAGUGAAUUAAAGGAAAAACAUUUGGAGAUAUCUGAUGAGUAUGAAAAAGUAAAAGACACAGUCGAAAGCAGUGUUUCAGAAAGGGAUGCUUUGAAAGAAAAACUUUUAAAUACUUAUACAGAGUUAAGAAAACAAUCUACCGACUUGGAAAGCUUAAAAUUAGAUUAUGAAAUUCUAAAACGUGAAAAUGACGAUCUACAUGGUAAGACUAGACUGUUAGAAGACAUGACUAAAAGUUUAAAAAUUAAGACAGCGGAAUAUGACAAACUUAAAACAGAAUAUGAUGACUUAACUCGUCGAUAUAAAAGUCUUAGUGAUGAAGCUGAAGCUUUGAGAGUCUUAACUGAUCACCUUAAAAAAGUAUCUGCUGAAUAUGACACAUUACAAAUUAAUCAUAAAGAUGCACUUGACACUAUAUCCAAAACAAAAUCUGAUUCAGAGGCAUUGCAAAAUAUAUUAGCUAAUAUGUAUAAGGAACAGAGAAUAUUAAGAAAUACUGUACAAGAUUUGAAAGGAAACAUCCGAGUGUACUGUAGGGUGAGACCUCCAUUGGAAUCUGAAGCAUCGAAGCCCUUGUACAAUCUUAAUGUCCUUGAUGCUUGUUCAAUGGAGGUGGAAAAAAUUGAGUUAUUAAAUUCAGCAAGAAAGGGUAAAUCUCAACAUUCAUUUUCAUUUGAUGGCAUAUUUACACCACAUUCAUCUCAGGAAGAUGUAUUUGCUGAGGUUUCACCAAUGGUCCAGUCGGCAUUAGAUGGCUACAAUGUUUGUAUAUUUGCCUAUGGUCAAACCGGCUCUGGCAAAACUUACACCAUGGAAGGUGGUAAUGGGGUAGAAAAAUAUGGUAUUAUUCCAAGAGCCAUUGACAUGAUUUUUGAUGGUAUGGUAGAUCUUAAAAGAAUGGGGUGGGAAUUGUCCAUCAAAGCUUCAUUUUUGGAAAUCUAUAAUGAAAUUAUAUAUGACUUAUUAAACUCUAGUAAAGACCAGGAGAGUCAUGAAAUAAAAAUGGUCAACUCGAAGUGUACAGAUCUAUAUGUAUCUAACUUGAAAGAAGAAGAAGUGAAGAGCUCUCAUGAUUUCAUCAGGUUAUUGAUAUUUGCCCAACGUAACAGACAAACCGCUGCAACAUUGAACAAUGAAAGGAGCUCGAGGUCACAUUCAGUUGCACAAAUAAAAAUAUCAGCUAUUAAUGAAAAACGAAAAGAAAAAUUUACAAGCAACUUGAAUCUUGUAGACUUGGCUGGUUCAGAGAGUGGGAAAACAACACAAAGAAUGGAUGAAACGAAACAUAUCAACAGAUCACUCUCAGAGUUAUCUAAAGUUAUCUUAUCUUUACAGACAAAUCAGUCUCACAUACCUUACAGGAAUUCUAAACUCACACAUCUGUUGAUGCCGAGUCUGGGGGGAAAUUCUAAAACACUUAUGUUGGUAAAUAUCAAUCAAUUUGAUGAAAGCUUCAAUGAGACUCUAAACUCCUUGCGGUUUGCUACGAAAGUGAACAGCUGCAGAACGAUCAAGGCAAAGAAAAAUAUAACUAUGGUUGAUUCAUAAUUUUAAUUGAUUAAAAAUAGAUUUCCUUUAUCACUUUAUAGAGCUUCACACAUGAUACUUUGUAUUAAAGCGGUAUCCACAAUGAGUACAAAAAAGUAAUCAGUUAAAUAGGAAUGUUCCACCGAUUUGAUAGACGUUAUGACGCAAAUUUACUUACAUUACUCUAUUUUUACUAUUGCAAUGUAAGUAAAUAUACUAAUUAGUAAAUAAUGCGUUGAUAAGUCGUAACUUUAUGCAUUUCUCAUAAUAUAAGCACGCUCAAAUUGCACAUUGAGCUUUAGAUUAGGGAAGUAAAAGACUUCACUUGCUGGACAAAUCUAUAUAUCGUUAAAUUAAAUUUAUAAAAGUAACGUCUUAGUAAUAUUAUAAUUCUAUAGCCUUAAUGAAACCAUAAAUUACGAAUAAAAUAUAUUUUUCUGUAUGUCUUAUUUUCAAUGAAAUAACAAGAACAAGAUAUUUGUGACAUUGAGAUUGACAUAUUAUUAAAACUUACUUCAUAAUAAUACAUGAAAAUAUUCAAUCCUUUUUCUCUUGUCCAGUUAUUUUUGUUUAUUGCAUAGGUAGUUAUUUAACUUCUGCCAUAUUUUUAAUAUUUUUUGGUGUAAUAUUAACAACUUAUAUAUCUCUAUAUUACUGUUUUGUAUGCCUUGUUGACCACAAUAUUGAAGGUAGAAUGUUUUGUUUAUUGACAUUGGUUAUCAUUGUAACUCAUUAUUAGUAGUCUGUAAUUAGUUAUUAAUGAAUAUAAUUAUCUCGUAAUACAAUGGAUUUUUCUUUUAUAUUUUUUUAAAGAUUUGUUAUCAAUACCAAGACACUUGAUGACGUGUUGUUUCGAUAGAUGGCGCUAU